AUGCAGCUCAUGAAGGGUACCGACAAAUUGAGAGGGCCAUCCAUGCCCCAGAAAUCUGAGAAACAACGAUUUAAAGGCGGGUCCAAACCUCCUGUCGUCACACAUACUGGUUGUGAGUCCACAGAGGUCGACGUACGCGACCAUCUGACGCGACAAGACGACAACUGGAAAACGCCUCGAGCAAGGCGGGUGGAGGAGAUUGAGGAAGAGAACAAACUGUAA